AUGAGUGACAACCCAAGAGGUCGUGGCUGUGGUGAUCGUGGCCGUGGUCGUGGUGAUAGUGAUCGUGGUCGUGGUGAUGGAGAUCGUGGAGGUGGUUCCCGCGGGGACUCUCGUGGCGACUUCCGUGGCCGUGGUGGUGACAGAGGUCGUGGUGAAUUCCGGGGUGGUGGUGAUAGAGGUCGAGGUGACUUCCGGGGCCGUGGAGAUUCUCGAGGUCGUGGCAGAGGAGAUGGUGGACGCGGCCGUGGACGCGGUGGAGGUGUGAACCAAGGCCCGCCCAUUUUCAGACAAGGCGAGCCGAUUCCACAGCCUAGCCCCGUCGUUACCAAGACCGAAAACGAUAUCGCCAAAGCCCUCGCCAUCAGCGGCUCAAAGGCUCACAGGCAAGCCAAGUAUCCCGAGCGUCCUGGGUAUGGCACUGUGGGCAGACCGGUGACCUUGUAUGCCAAUUAUCUGCCCUUGUCCUUGCCUAACAAACAACUAUACCGCUAUCAUAUUACGAUCGCGGCCGACACUGCGGGUCGGACUGCCCCAGUGGGCAAAAAGGCCCGGCAGAUUGUGUGUUUGCUGUUGGAAGAGCACUUUGCACAGCAGAAGAGAAGUAUCGCGUCUGACUUCCGUUCGACACUGGUGUCCUAUGUUAAACUGAGAGAGGGUACCUAUGACGUGCGAUAUAAGGAGAACCUACUGGAUGACUAUCUUGAAACUCCCCGGGUACAUCAAGUCACUGUCCAGCACACCGGUCAGGUCAAUCCGGCUGAUUUACUGAAUUACUUGACUUCCACCAAUGCUGGUGCGAUCUUGGACUCUAAGUCUGAGAUUGUCGCUGCUCUAAACAUGAUUAUAGGACACCACCCUAAGACUGACGAUAGUGUCGUCUCAGUUGGAGCUAACAGACACUAUAGUCACCGUCAAGGUGUACAGGAGUCUUACAGCCUCGGUGGUGGUCUUUCGGCUCUCCGUGGAUUCUUCGUCAGUGUACGUGCUGCCACAGCUCGCGUCCUCUUGAACGUACAGGUCAAGUACAUCGCCUGCUACGAUGAAGGACCUUUGACCAAUAUGAUUCAAAGCUACGGCGGCCGGAACACCUAUCGUCUCGAAAAGUUCCUCAAGGGUGUCCGAGUCUGCAUCACACAUAUCACUCGGAAGAACAGCCGCGGUGAAUCCCGUCCUCGCAUCAAGGCUAUCCAUGGACUUGCCAACCGCGGUGACGGUGGUAAGUCACCUAACGCACCUAGGGUCCCUCGUCAUGGUGCCGGUCCCGCCGAGGUGGAGUUCUUCCUUUCCGAAGUUGGCCCUAAGUCUGGCCCUUCUGGUGCUACGCCUAAGCCCAAGGGAAAGAAAGCCCCUAAGGCCGGUCCUGUGGAAGCUGGACGCUGGAUCACUGUGGAAGCCUUCUUCAAAAAGGAGUACAACCUCUCUUUGAAUCGAGGUCUGCCAGUGGUCAAUGUCGGAUCUCGGGAGAAGCCUGUCUAUGUUCCCGUUGAGGUCUGCGAGGUCGCUGCUGGUCAGCCAGCCAAGUCGAAGCUCUCUGGUGACCAGACUGCCCAGAUGCUCCGCUUCGCCGUGAUGGGCCGUAAACCAGGCCAGAAUGCCUACUCCAUCGUUACUAAAGGUGUUAAAGUGCUAGGACUGGAGCCUCAGAAUUCCACCUUGUCUGCCUUCGGUCUCAGCUCCUCUACAGAGCUCAUCACCGUUUCCGGUCGUGUCCUUCCAGCACCAAGCGUCUUCUACAAGAACGGUAAGAAGACCACAGAGGUUCGAACCAUGGCUGGCAGCUGGAACAUGAAGCAAAUUCAAUUCUCCCAGGCCAAGCAACUAAAGUCGUGGACCUAUCUCUAUAUCGCGCACGAAAACGCCCGCCCAGUCUUCAAUGACCCCGAGGAACUUUAUGCGUCUCUUCGGGGCUUCCGUAAAACCCUCACAGACAUGGGCAUGGCAGCGGACGCUCACAAAGUCGGCAAGCGCGUAAUCCUCACAGGACACAGAGACGCAGACGCAAUCGAAAACGCCGUUCUCGAUCUGCAAAAAGAACAUAACCCAGUAUUCAUUCUAGGAAUACUCUACGCAAAGGACACAGGCGUUUACAACUGCAUGAAGCAGGUCUGUGACGUCCGAUGCGGCAUUCGCAACGUAAACGUACUGGCCGAAAAGCUCCGCGGCUCCAACGACCAGUACAACGCGAACGUGGGCCUGAAAAUUAACCUAAAGCUCGGAGGAGCAAACCAAAGCCUUCGGAGCGCCGACCUCGGCAUUAUCUCCGAGGGCAAAACAAUGCUAGUCGGAAUCGACGUCACUCACCCAUCCCCAGGGUCAGCAGCCACAGCACCCAGCGUGGCAGGCAUCGUGGCCUCGGUCGAUUCAACGCUAGCGCAAUGGCCAGCCGAAAUCCGCGUCCAAGGCGCCCGCCAGGAAAUGGUCGCGGAUCUCGAGACCCUCCUAGCAUCCCGCCUACAACACUGGGCCAAAUGCAAUGAGGAGGCCCUACCAGAGAACAUCAUCGUUUACCGCGACGGCGUCUCCGAAGGCCAAUAUAACAAGGUCAUCGACGAGGAGCUUCCCCUCCUCCAAGCCGCCUGCAAGAAGACCUACCCAGCAACACAAACUGCCAAGGGCCUGCCACGCCUAUCAAUUGUCAUCGUCGGCAAGCGCCAUAACACCCGCUUCUACCCAACAACAGAGCAAGACUCCAACCGCGAGAAUCCCAUGCCAGGAACUGUCGUCGACCGCGGCGUCUCCGAAGCCCGUGACUGGGACUUCUUCCUCCAAGCCCAUUCCGCGCUCCAGGGAACCGCUCGGCCGGCUCACUAUUUCACCGUCUGGGAUGAGAUCUUCUACCCGCGUCACCCUGCGAACUCGAGUGGGCCUGGUGCGGCGGACGUGUUGCAGGAUCUGACACAUAAGAUGUGCUAUAUGUUUGGCCGGGCUACGAAGGCGGUUUCUGUUUGUCCCCCGGCUUAUUAUGCUGAUCUUGUCUGUACCCGGGCUAGGUGUUUCCUUUCGGAUCUCUUUGAUCCCGCUGAGACGUCGGGUGGAAGUUUGAGCGGUGUUACUGAGGGUGCGGCGGAUGUGGCCAGGACUGUUGAUGUUGUUAUUCAUCCUAAUGUUGCGGAUACUAUGUUUUACAUUUAG